AUGGCCGUUCCGGACUGGGCGAUCACUGUGCAGGAACUGAUCGACCAGCCUGAUGUGAGCAUAAAUCAAAAAUGCCAGAAGAUCAUGCUGCUGCUUCGUGAGCGACACCUGCUCUACGACUCCUUUGCGACCCCCAUGGACGGUGCCCUCGUAAAUCCACACGAUGUCGUGUCCAAGGGCGUUCAAAUCUCUUCCGUUGGCUGGGAUCGCAUGAAGUUGCGAGAAGCGGUAGCCAUCGAACUUCCGAGGGACGAAGGACUUCGCAAGCACUUUCUCGAGAUCAACACCCGCCUUGCCGAAAUGUCCGAAGGCCGCUUGGCGAAGCCAACUGGUAAGGAGAGGUGGGCAACUCUUAGCUGUUCGCACACCAGUGCCUUCGUCAAAGCGCUGGCCAGCGGAUGCGGUCCCAAAUGUGGCUUGUCACUGGAUGAGAUCAUGCACAGUGGGGACGACUUUGCGAAGCUUCUCACAGAAGGUUGGAGCUGGCGAGUCCUGGCGGCGGAAGUCGAGGAAAGAGUGCCAGCCUUGCCGGGGCUACUGCAGCAGGGCUUGAACUCGGACCUCGCGAUCGGCAAACCGCCAAGCGAGCUGGAGGUCGCGAUGUGCAUCUCGCAAGCUUAUGCAGCCGGCAAGGACUUGAAGAAGGCGGUGGCAGCGGCAGGUGAAUCCUUCAAGAUCUUGAAAUAUAUGGAUGCCAUGAGCCGAGCAUAUGCCGGAAGCACGAUGCUGGGCUCCGAGUUCACAAAGUGCCUCGCAUACUCGGACUUCAAGAUCCCCUCCACGAGAUGUCCCAUGAUUCGCAUUGCUUUAGCAUUGACACAGAUCACUGCACCAAGCAGUGCAGUCGUCGACGGCUUCAGCCGUCUGCUGACGAAGGGAGAUAUCGAUCGCCUGAAGACAAAGAAAAUGGAGGGCGAUGUGAGCAAGGCAGAGGCUCUCAUGCAGACAGCAUGGCAGGUGGUCGAAGCUUCUUCGGAGCAGCCGCAUCUUCAGAUGGCCUUCUGCCGCUAUCAGGUCCGGCUCAUUCUCCACAUGCUUGGCAAGCAGAGCAAGGGCAUGGAGGGCAAGGAGUACAAGGACUUUGCCACCAUGACGGAGAUGUUCACCAAGGAGACCUUGCAGCCUGUUUCUGCAAAGACUUCCCAGGCUGCUGCUUCGUCUGGGGAGCAGGUCCGGGACAUAGCGGACUCGAACAAUCGGACUUUGAUCGCACAGGAGCAGAACAAGCAUGUGAAGGUAGGCAAAGCCUAUUCGAUCAAGAGGCCCGAGCUCGUGGAGGCUGAGAAGGACAAGGUGUUUGUCCUGAAGGACUUGAAGGAGGACGGUGCUACCUUGGAGCAUCGGCCUUUCUUCGGCGACCAAGUGCAGGUCGAGAAGGUGGCUUUGCAUGAGCUGAAGCAUCUGAAGGAAUGGACCAAAGCUGUGCCUGCUUUGGUUGAGGAGGCAGCUCUUGAGAAGCUUUGGCCCGGUGGCUCCACGGUUUUCCAAGAGGAGCUGGAGCGAGCAGAAGACCAAGGGCUUCUUUACAAGAAGUACUUGGAGUUGGGUGAUCCAGAUGUGAGACCGAGCACCAACGGCCUGCUAUUCUCCAACUGCUCCUACGGCAAGUCCCAGCUGCAGCUGUUUCCCUUGGGGCAGUUGCAAAAGGUGCAGAAGCCUCGUCCCCAGGAUGUCGUGGUCCAGAAGAAGGGAAUGAAAGAGCACUGCUAUGUCAUUUCGCCUGUUCGCUGGGACAUCCAGAAGCAGACCGGCUACUUUUGCCCGUUUUGGAUGAUCAAGGAAGCGCCGGAUGCCACGAGUGCUACCCUUACCAGAUCCACGAAGAAGAUCGGCGAGAUGGUGGUUCCUGUUUUUUCAGAACAAGGUUGCUUUGAAGAUGGGCGACCAGUUGCUGGUGGAGCCGAGGGUUUGGCUCGACGGCAUGCUGCUGACUCGGCAAGUCAUCCUGCAGUACAAGGACGGCCCCAAGGUCCCUGUUGCCGAGGGUUUGUUGCACGAAGCAGACAAUGGCCAGCAGUAUCUUCGGUUCAGGCCGAGCAGCACAACUUUGACGAGAGCCCUGCUCGGCCAUAUGGAGAACUUCAA